GCGUUCAGGCCGGGAGCGGCACUGCCGGGGAAGGUCAGCAGGGGGCGCUGCCGGCGGAGCUGGGACCGGAAGCCAUGCAGCAGGAGGCAGGGCGCACUCGCCGACUCCUCCUGCUUCCGCCGCCGCCGCCGACGCGGGACUGCUGAGUUACCGUGUUCAGCUUCUGAGCCCGCCGCCGCGAUGCCGCUGGAGAACCUAGAGGAGGAGGGUCUGCCCAAGAACCCCGAUCUGCGCAUCGCGCAGCUGCGCUUCCUGCUCAGCCUGCCGGAGCACCGCGGGGACGCGGCCGUGCGCGAUGAGCUGAUGGUGGCCGUCCGUGAUAACAACAUGGCUCCUUAUUACGAAGCCUUGUGUAAAUCCCUGGACUGGCAGAUGGACAUGGACCUGCUCAAUAAAAUGAAGAAGGCAAAUGAAGAAGAGUUGAAGCGUUUGGACGAGGAGCUGGAAGAUGCAGAGAAGAAUUUGGGUGAGAGUGAAAUCCGGGAUGCGAUGAUGGCAAAGGCUGAGUACCUCUGCCGGAUAGGUGACAAGGAGGGUGCUCUCACAGCCUUUCGCAAGACAUAUGACAAAACAGUGGCCCUGGGUCACAGACUGGAUAUCGUGUUCUAUCUCCUUAGGAUUGGCUUAUUUUAUAUGGACAAUGAUCUCAUCACUCGAAACACAGAAAAGGCCAAAAGUUUAAUAGAGGAAGGAGGAGACUGGGACAGGAGAAAUCGCCUAAAAGUGUAUCAAGGUCUUUAUUGUGUGGCUAUUCGUGAUUUCAAACAGGCAGCUGAACUCUUCCUUGACACUGUCUCCACAUUUACAUCCUAUGAACUGAUGGAUUAUAAAACUUUUGUGACUUACACUGUCUAUGUUAGCAUGAUUGCCUUAGAAAGACCAGAUCUCAGGGAAAAGGUUAUUAAAGGAGCAGAGAUUCUUGAAGUGUUGCAUAGUCUUCCAGCAGUUCGACAGUAUCUGUUUUCACUCUAUGAAUGUCGUUACUCAGUUUUCUUCCAGUCAUUAGCUGUUGUGGAGCAGGAAAUGAAAAAGGACUGGCUUUUUGCUCCUCAUUAUCGAUAUUACGUAAGAGAAAUGAGAAUUCAUGCAUAUAGCCAGCUUCUGGAAUCAUACAGGUCAUUAACCCUUGGCUAUAUGGCAGAAGCUUUUGGUGUUGGUGUGGAAUUCAUUGAUCAGGAGCUCUCUAGAUUUAUUGCUGCUGGGAGACUACACUGCAAAAUAGAUAAAGUGAAUGAAAUAGUGGAAACCAACAGACCUGAUAGCAAGAACUGGCAGUACCAAGAAACUAUCAAGAAAGGAGAUCUGCUACUAAACAGAGUUCAGAAACUUUCGAGAGUAAUUAAUAUGUAAAAUGAUGUAAACAAAAAGAUUUCCCUCAGAUAAUUAUUUGGGAUUUUUAUAGCUUACUGCAUUGUGCUCAUUUCAACUGUAUAAAAUACUGCAUUGUUGUUCUUUCAGUUUACUUGUUUCUUAUACCACUAAGGAUGAGGUUCAAUAAUGUUGAUACAAUAUCAAAACAUUAAUGAAGAGUCAUUUAAACAUCUCUACCUCAAAUUCUGACUCAGUAAAAUAGAGGUAAUAUAAGUAGAUCAUCUCUUAUUUUGAGGCCUCCUGGAUUUUAGAAUCUACUAUAUAGUAGACCAUAAUUAAACUGCCUCUACUUAGUACAGAAUAGACUGAAGCUAAAUAGAAGUCAUUCCUUUACAAACUGCUGCCUUUCAGAACUGCCAAGACUAAGUUGGUGACCACACACAGAUAUAAAAAAAUCUAGGUAGAUAUUAGGAACUUUCCCCUCACCCUCAACAGUCAUAGUGAUAAGUAAGGAAAAGAAGUUUUUUCUUCCUAUAGUGAACUCAGGGAAUGAGAAUGGUAUAAGUGCUGUCAAGAAAUACAAAACUGGAAGAGGAGAGAUAGGGUAUGAAAGAUUCUCUGGUAACAGUUAAAUAAAGAGGAAGAAGAGACCCAUGGAAAUAAUCUUGAGGAAGGAGGAGAUGGAAUGCCACUUGAUAUUUUCAGUGGAGGAACAGCCUGAUUUAAGUGUCACUAUAGCACUCGUAGGCAGCAAGGUGGUGCAGACUAUAGGCAGCUGGAUUUGUUUACAGACUAGAAAGUGAGUUAGGCUAUAAAUUAAGGAAUUUACAGACUAUUAAAAUACUAGAUUUCCAAAAAUGCUUAUUAAAUGAUCACCAUAAUUUCUCGAGGGAAUUGUGAAUUAUCCUUAUAUAACAAAAUCCAUUAUUCUGAAAAUCAGUGUAAUCUGUUCAGUCCCAACAUAGAGAUGGCAAUUUUACUGUGUUCCUGUAUCCAUUUAAAAAUUAGUAGAAUAGUUCUUAGUAAACUUGACUCAUUGCAUUUAUGCUUGGAGGGAAAAGUAGGAUUUAAAUGUCAGUUUCUUGAAAUUCAGUUAUAGUUACUGUUAACACUUGAUGAACAGUCUCCAUAUUUACAUGUAAUUUUUAACACAAAAUCAAUCUUUAUUACUUAAUGUUCAAGAGUUAGUCUAUGUAAGCGCACAUUAGGGUAGAAUGCUUUUAAGCCUCAAAUUAUCAGUUUGGAGGUGAACAUAAAAUUGGAAGUUUGUAGAUGUCUGAAUGAGGUCAGGUGUUGGAAGAAAUAGCAUUGGAUAUAUUACAGCUACAAAAAUUAAAUUCUGGCUCCAGCUUCCCUUACCCUAGCCACCCGAGGUUGAAGAUAUUUCCUUCAUCUACCAUAUGUGAAAUGUAAAAGCCAGGUUUAUUUUAAGUUUUCACUCAUGCGAAAGAAAACACAAACUAAAACAUGACAGUAAAAUGUAUUUUUUACUACAUUAAUAUGGGUGUUAACAGAGGCUAUGGUAGACAAAUUUAGAAUCUUUUUUGUACUUGGUCUCAUUAAGUUGACUUUUUUAAAACACUGAGAUUUGUGAGACGAUGUAGAACGCUAAUAUCAAGCCCUGUCUAUUUGUUUUCUGGCUAAAGUAUUUAAAACCUGAUAAAAGACUCACCAAGGAAAUUUUAAAAAAUCAAAGCAAAUCAGGAUGCAAAGUAGGCUUCCUGAUGUUGUUUCAAAGUGGUAACCUAUAGGCUGAAACUGACUUGAACCCCCUCCUUGACCAAUUCAAAACUGACCUAUCUAGCUUCUGGAAAAACUGACAAGUUAGGCUGACUUUGGCCUCACAUUUCCAGUCCAGCUAAAAGGCCAGUGUGUAUUUUUAACACUCCUAGGUCACUCAGCCCACCUGGUACUUUACACACCUGGGCCCCUGCCAUUGCCCCCACACACGCUUCAUAUUGUGCACACGGGGUUGACAGCAGGCGGCCUGUUACUGAGCUCGGAGAACCCAGCCAAAGAAUUCUUAACCUUUUGUACUUCUGGAGCUUCCACUUAUAUAGCUUGCAUUUAAGUUUUGAGUUUUCUGUUUUUAGUCAUCAAGUACACCUUCAUAAAUUAUCAUCAGAUGACUUUUUAUUUGCUAAAUGACACAGAGCUAAAGUACUUAGUUCCUUUUCAAUAUUGGUGAAUGCUUCUAUUAAAGGUGGAAACUUGGUCAUUUUAUGAAACCUAGUCUCAAUACACUGUCCCACUACAAAAUGGAACCACCAGAAUUAACUCUUUUGUGAUUACUUUUUAAAGCAAUUUUUAUUUCUAUAAUAAAAUUGUAUAUCCAUAAAUCCACACUGACUCUAUUUAGAGUCAAUAAGUAAAUAUUUAAAAGCUAUUACCAUAAUUAUAUUAGUAUCUGUAGAUUAGUUUUUGUUUGGGCAUGGAAAUAUGAAAAGCUGUUUUUGUUAUUAAAUGUCUGCACCUACCUUUCA